AUGGCAGAGACGCAGCCAAAGAAAAGGGCAUUCCGCAAGUACACCUACAGAGGAGUUGACCUUGACGACCUCGUGAAAAUGGAAAAAGAAGACUUUCUAAAGCUCCUUGGCUGCCGUCAAAGAAGAAGACUUUUAAAUAGAGAAGUUCCUCACAAAUACAUCCGCUUUUACAAGAAAUGUGUGGCUGCCAAAAAGGAUACCCAAGUCGGAGAAAAGCCAAAACCUGUAAAGACUCAUUUAAGAGAUGCUAUAAUUCUUCCUGAGUUAGUAGGGUCUGUUGUUGGAAUUUACAAUGGAAAAUCUUUUGUCCCAGUUGAAAUCAAGCCUGACAUGAUUGGCCACUAUCUAGCAGAAUUUUCGCUUACUUAUAAGCCUGUUAAACAUGGAAGACCAGGUAUUGGAGCAAGUAAAGGUUCUACUGCCGUUGAUCUUAAGUAA